GCCCUUUUCACAUCUCUAUAAUUAGUUUAUAUUGUCCUUAUUCUGCAAGGCAAGCUUUUUUCUUUUUUUAACCAAUGCACCUUAGAGAACUCUGCAUACCAUGACUUGUUACUCUUACAGAAAAAAGGUCAAAUUAAGAACAUUUAGCAAUUUUUCCUUAAGAAGAGUCUUUCAUGCUGCAACAUAGAACCAUAUAAUUGAGAAAGAACGAAAAAUGUUUCCAAGAGCAUAUUAGAGUUUUAUUACAUUUGUCAAAUUUAAUGCUACUCAAAUGCUAGUGGAAACAGGAAGCAAUCUGGUCUAGGAUCUUCUCAUUCUUGGUCCUGUCUUUUGAGAAACAACAGGCUCAGUUUCCGCAUAAGACCCUUUAAGUCUGAGUCAGCAGAUCCAGUCCAUGCUUCAAGUCGAGUCCAAUGCACCGGGAGACAGCAGGUGCUGAAUCUUCUGUAGUAGGGGACAGAAAGUCCUGCAGGGAGGUGUAGGCCAUCUUCAGUGUGGAAUAUACAUUUCUAGGUAUGGUUACUCUUGAAAUGGGAGUGGUGAGGGUGCUGCAGAACCCUGAUUUAACAAAAAAAAACUGUAAGUCAUGGUUCUGAUGAUGGUCUUUUUUUCAAGUACAGUACUCAUUCUUUUCUUUGCUAUUCGUCAACAUCUUUUUCUCAGGUUUGAACAUCCAUGGCAAUGCUACACAGCAGUGAAUGGUGGUGGAAUGACUCGGCGCGAUCUGCCCACAUGCUGCCGAACUCCAGCCUCGGCCCGUCUGUUGAGGAUGGGGUGCGCAACUACUACGCAAUGCUCUAUUCACUACUGAUCCUGGCGAUCGUAUUUGGGAAUGUGCUAGUAUGCAUGGCGGUGGUCCGGGAGAAGUCACUUCAAACCACAACCAAUUAUCUUGUGGUUAGUUUGGCGGUGGCUGAUCUGCUGGUGGCUUCGCUGGUCAUGCCUUGGGCUGUCUACUUAGAGGUGGUCGGUGGCUCUUGGCUUUUUAGCCGUUUGUACUGCAAUAUAUUUGUGACGCUGGACGUGAUGAUGUGUACAGCCAGCAUCCUCAACCUGUGUGCUAUCAGCAUCGACAGAUACACAGCCGUGGUGAUGCCUGUACUCUACAACACAACCGACAGUUCACGUAAGAGAGUGUCAGUCAUGAUAGCCACGGUGUGGGUCCUGGCCUUCGCCGUCUCCUGCCCUUUACUGUUUGGCUUUAACACCACAGACGAUCCACUGGUGUGCUCCAUAUCGAACCCUGAUUUUGUCAUCUACUCAUCUGUCGUGUCGUUCUAUCUUCCCUUUGUGGUGACGUUGCUGGUUUACGUGCGCAUCUACAUCUUUCUCAGGAAAAGGAGGAAGAGGAUAACUUUCCGCCAAGCCAGCAGUGAAGUUCCUCCAGGAUCCACACUGCCAUCUGCAGAGACCUGUUUGCAAGAGGACGCUCGAAAAGACAGACGUGACCUGUCUCCCAUCAGGAUCAAAGUGGUAAAUGAGAGCACAGAGAAGGUGGUUCGUCCCCGGCUGCUCCCUGGGUGCCUGCGGCGUAAACGACCCAAGACCGUCCCUGUGGAUAACUCUCUCCUCCCCCCGGUGGACACGCCAAACUACUGUAGCCUCAGCCAGGCCUCCUUCGCACGUACCGAACCCGAACCCAACCGUGAGGAAGAAGCGGGGCAAGAAGAAGAGCAGGCGACUGUGAGGAGCAGUGAGGUGAAGGAGCUGUCUAACGGACGCGCUCGAACUACAGUUCGCUCUACCAGAGGCUCACGGGGCAACAACCAGAGUCGCAACAGGAAUCGACAGUCCAGAGAGAAGAAAGCCACACAGAUGCUGGCUAUCGUACUGGGUGUCUUCCUCAUCUGCUGGUUGCCCUUCUUUGUGACUCACAUCUUGAACACUCACUGCAGGAAGUGCUACAUUCCACCCGAGCUGUACAGCGCCUUUACCUGGCUCGGUUACGUCAACAGCGCCCUCAACCCGGUCAUUUAUACCACGUUCAACAUCGAGUUCCGACGAGCCUUCAUCAAAAUCCUGACCUGCUAAUCUCUCGGCUUUGCGAUCCUUCAGAACUUUCCCCGAUAGAGGCCGAGUGCCAAGAGGGUAAAGACCUCUGAGAGCCAGUCCUGCUGUAAAUCACUUCAUGCUUCCGACGAAGACGCCAAGUAAACCAGACAUUUGAACCGAAAGACAAGUGGUUUGGAUCAUGUAAACAACACUCAGUAACGCAAUCAGCAUGCGUUGUGGAUUACAUAUGACUCGAGGACCUAAUCUGCAUAAUAUCUCGCAUAUCAGGAGAUCUUAAGGGCUCAAUCAGCAUCUGAGCCUGAACAAACCAUGGAUGGAACAAGACUUACAUAUUAUGUACUGUACCUUACACAUUUAAAGGAGCUGUUUUAUUUUAUUUUUUCCAGGUUUCUGGUCUGGUGCUUCAUCUGCAUGUGUCUCUAAUUUGUUCAGAAAGCAUCCAGCCCGUGUUUAAUUAAGGGAAAGAUCAAUUUACCGUCUGUACUAUGUUCAAGUACAGAUCAUAUC